AUGAAUGUUACUUUGAAGCUACGUCGGUCUGUUUUCGCUCCGGCGCUGCGCCGGUCGGGCGGUCUUCUCCGCGCGCAGCUCCGUACACCGCAAUGGCGCCCAUACUCGACCGCCCCCGCAGACGAUACGCUUCCCCUCAAGGGUGUCCGCGUGCUGGAUAUGACCCGGGUUCUGGCCGGCGUAAGUUAUGUUAUCAAAGUCGAACAUCCUGUCCGGGGCGACGAUACACGCGCAUGGGGCCCGCCGUAUGCAACAUACCAGGAUGAAUCGCGCCAAGGGCCCGGUGAAAGUGCGUACUAUCUUGCGGUCAACCGCAACAAAAAGUCAAUCGGCCUUUCCUUUGCUCACAAGUCUGGCGUGGAGAUCCUACACCGUCUCGCGGCGCAAUGCGAUGUCCUCGUGGAAAACUAUCUACCCGGCAGUCUGAAGAAGUACAACAUGGACUACGAGACGUUGCGAGAAAUCAACCCCAAGCUUAUCUACGCGAGUAUCACCGGAUACGGUCAGACAGGUCCGUACAGUAACCGCGCUGGGUACGACGUGAUGGUGGAAGCCGAGAUGGGCUUGAUGCAUAUUACGGGCAGUCGGGACGGUCCUCCGGUGAAGGUCGGCGUGGCCGUGACUGAUCUGACCACCGGGCUGUACACGUCCAAUGCGAUCAUGGCGGCGCUUCUGGCGCGUGCGCGGACUGGAAAGGGACAGCAUAUCGAUGCCUGUCUCAGCGACGUUCAGGUCGCCACGUUAGCAAACAUUGCCAGUUCGGCAUUGAUCAGCGGGGAGAAAGACUCUGGAAGAUGGGGGACGGAACAUCCCUCUAUUGUGCCCUACCGCAGCUACAAGACUCGGGACGGAAACAUCCUCUUUGGAGGCGGAAAUGACCGGCUGUUCGGAGUGUUGUGCGAUCGCCUGGGCCAUCCGGAGUGGAAGGAGGAUCCCCGCUUCAUUACCAACCAGGAUCGCGUCAAGCAUCGUGAGGACAUUGAUGGUAUGAUCGAGGAGACGGCCAUGCAGAAGACCACGCAGGAAUGGCUCGAGAUUAUGGAGGGAAGCGGGAUGCCCUAUGCUGCAGUCAACGAUAUUCAGGGAACUUUGAACCAUGCUCACGUCCGAGCCCGUGGCAUGGUCACAGAGGUUGACCAUCCAGCUUGCGGCCCCAUCAAGUUGGUGAACACUCCCAUCAAAUAUUCCCACGCGACUCCCGGCGUGCGGACACCACCCCCAACACUUGGGCAACACACGAACGAGAUUCUGGGAGAAAUCCUGGAUUAUGGAAAGGAGGAUAUCGAGCGGCUGAAGGAACAGGGCGUGGUUGCAUAG